CGGUGAUUACUGAACAAAUAGAAGUAUAUUUUUAUAAAACGCUCCAAUCUUAAAAUCAAAAUUAAAAUAUUUUCCGUAGAGUGUAAAACAAAAAUUGUAUAAAUUCUUUGUCUAAAGACUAUUCUGGCGAUAAAGAAAAAUUUGAAUACGCCGCCAUAACGUAUGCGUAGACUAUCUGUUAAGACAGAUUUUAAUGUCAUGGCGGAUAUUUGUGGUUUUGCAUUUUCGGUACAGUUUUGGUCAUUUUAAUAGUUAAGAGGUCAUGUAAUUUAUUCAAAAUUCGGUCGCUACGCGAGGGGGUCAUUCGGGGUGGGUGGAAGAAAGCAAUGGCGGAGAAUAGAAGUUCGGAAAACGUCGUUAUGCCGGACAUUACCGAAGUAAGCGAACCCGAUCCUCUGUCGACAGCUGCCGAGCACGAUACCGAUUGUUCUGAUGGCGAUACCGUAUUGUCGGCAAGUAUCAAAGAUACAAGACGUUCAAGCGAUUCAAACGGUGUGGUUACGGUCCCCGUAUCACUGCCAGUUGGCACGCUCAUUACUGGCACUACAUUUAAUGUCAUAACUUCUGACCAAUUGCAACACUUUAAACCUAUGAUAUGCGUUGAUAAUGGUUUUAUAUCAGGUGGUCCUGUACAGGAAGAUAUAAAGCCUACUCACAUAGUAAUCCAAAACACUUCAUCAACAACUGCUGCUCGUGAACAAAAGAGCCAUGAAACUGGUUCUAAUUCCACUAGUAAUAGAUCAAUGAGCAAUAGAUCAUGGGUCGAAACUGCCAACAUGCCUAUUCUCCCCAUUAGAUGUAAGAACACUUCAGCAGAACUACAUAAGCAAAGGUUAGGAUCUGGAGGGCGUGGAAGAUGCAUCAAAUAUGGAAGUGAAUGGUACACUCCCAGUGAAUUUGAAGCUCUUUGUGGGCGAGCAUCAAGCAAGGACUGGAAGAGAUCUAUAAGAUUUGGUGGGAGAAGUAUUCAGGCUUUAAUUGAUGAAGGAAUAUUGACACCCCAUGCUACUAGCUGCACUUGUGGUGCCUGCUGUGAUGAUCAAACUGGAAAUUUAAAUUCUUUUCCAGCAAUGGGACCUGUAAGACUAUUUACCCCAUAUAAGAGGAAGAGAAAAAACCAAGAUGAUAUUACAGGAACAGAUGAGAAGAAUGUGAAAGUAAAGCGUGAUACUUCAUUGAGUGAUGCUGAAGUAGACAGCAUUCAUCAGACAAGUAGCAAUAGUCAUUCAAAAGAAGCGUGGCAGACAAUAGCUGAGGGAUUGGACACAAACUCAGAUUAUCAUUUGUUAGCAAGUCCUGAACCGCCUCCAGAUAUAACUGCAGCUAUUCCGGACAUGACAAAAGUAUUGAAACGGCUCGAAGAUAUCGGUCAGAACCUUACACGGCUGUCUGGAGAGUUGAAGCAAUGUGUUGAAGACGUUAAGAUAAUGAGCACAAGACAGAUGGAGAGAUUGGAGCAGGAGCGUGCCUCCGCUUUACUAGCAGCGAGUAUGGAUGCUCAUGUAGAGGCCGAACAGGUCUCAUUACAUAAUGUUGACGAAUCCGAAGCUAAGAAGUGCGCAAACUGCAACCGCGAAGCUUCCGCCGAAUGUUCACUGUGCCGUCGGACGCCAUAUUGCUCGACAUAUUGCCAAAAAAAAGACUGGGCUGCCCAUCAGAUUGAAUGUCUCCGAUCGGUGCCUACAAUACACACAGACGCACAACAGCACCAGUCCAUUAUGUUAAUUGUAGAAAGCCCGCAUCAAUAGUAUACAGAUGGCGUUUCGCAUGAAACAGUUAUAAAAAGAGCCUGACUCUGUCUCAACUCUAACUGGACUAUUCGUUUUUGUGUGCCGGUUUCGUGUUAAACAUGGAUAAGUAAUACUGUGUUUGACAUAAGAAUAUUUUGGGGUCAACGAAAGCAUAGAGCAAUAAAAAAUUAUAUAUUUUAUGAGAAAAUAAAUAUGUGAACAGUGGUAGAAUAAUUUUAUAUUGUUGAUAUAACUAAUAAGGCGGGUAUCAAGCAAAGAAAUAAAUGAUAUAAAAUUUUAGAAACUUGUAAUUUAUGUUUCUACUAGAGAGAUAGUUUCCUAAGAAGUGUCUCGAGAUACAUGACUGUUUUUUAUACCUUGCAGUAUAUCAUUAUGUUUUUUGUUUGAUACUCACUAUUUUUUAACACCCGUUUAUAUCAAAUCUAAUAACUAAACUCGUGCCUCAUCUUAUUGAAAAUGUAUACAUAUUUAGCUAUGUAUUGAAUUAUAUAAGACGUUGUUUAUAAAAAACUAAGGCUAGUCUAGUAAGGACAACCAAUCUUCCAUUAUGACGAGAGAACUACUAUUAAAUGUAGUAUUGUUAUAUUAUACAUUUACAUUAUAUUUACACUUCAUUAAUUAAGAAUGGCAAGUUUUCCGUAUGAACUCAAUUUAAAGAUGUGUAAUUUAAACUGAAUAGCAAUUUUUAGUAUAAUAGCGUUUUGAUGACACCCAAGUUAGUUUUUACUAUAAAGAUAUUUUUAGCGAAUUUUUCUCAAUCUUCACCCUAAAUUCGAUUUACUGAUAAUGAUGUAAUAGAUCAUGGUUUGAGAGUUGUGUAAAAGGAUCGUUGUAAUUUAAACACAUGUUGAGUUAUUUUACAAAUGUAUAUCAAUUAUCUCACACUUAAUGCCUUUUAUAUUUUAUUCACUUUUCAGACACAGAAUAAAAUUGUAAAGCAGCUCCCACCUAUACAAGUUGAAGUUAUUCCAUUGAUUGUUGUAUGUUAUUUAAAACAUUUACAUAUGUAUUGACAAACAUUUUGUAAAUCAUUGUUAUACAUAGAAACUUGUAGGUAAAUUUUUAUGAAUACAAUGAAUAAAUUGUUUUGUUGAUAGGCCAAGAUAGCUAACUAACUUGAUAUGUAAUCUGUAAACCGUUAUAUUUUAAAUGCCUACCUUAUCAAGAUUAAUAUUUUUUUAAAUUAUUCAAUGAUAAGGAGUGUGAUGAAAGGACCUACUAAAAAAUAAAGUGAAAUUUUUGGAAUGAAAUGUGUUGCAUAUUAACAACACAAAUAAAAAAACACACACAUCUCGCAAUAAGAAUAAUUAAUUCUAGAAAUUGAUAACGUAUUUUUAAUGCAUCACUUCUAAACGUAUUUUAAUAAAUUAGUUGUGUAUUUACAAUUUAUUGUAUAAAUUAGACAAAUAAUUUUAAUAUAAAUUGAUAUAUUUACAAUAAUUUUUGGGAUUACAUUUUAUAUUAGGGAAAGGGAGGGCAUUUUGUCAUGUCUUAAAUGAGCCGUCUUCAAAAGCCGACAAUUGUUGAAUAGUGGUUAAUGUAUUGAGUAAUUGAUUUUAAAACUCUUAUUAGCUGUUAGGUAAUAGUUUUCCACACCACUAGUUUAUGUAUUGUUGAAGGGUAUCAAGCUUUUUCACUUUUUCUAGUGUUCUCUUAACUAGUUUUAUGUAAUGUAUGUAUCUUCUGUAUCUUUUAAUUAACAUAUGACUAUUGAUGAUUCUUGAGGAAGUUCUUGAAAGUGAGAUAUUAGUUAAAUUGUUACUUUUUGACCACUCAAGGAUGAGAGGGAUUAGUAAAAUUAACUUUCUAAAAUGACACCGGUUUUUGAAGAUAACUUCGGUCCACAACCCACAUAAUGUAACUGUUAAAAGAGGUUUGCUUACCAUUAUGUAAUUCAAAAUUUGCAAUUUACUUUUAGGAUUGAGGUAAGUGUAAUAUUCACCUUUUUAUUAAUAUCAUUCUUGGUAUUAUAUAAAUAAAGCAUUGAAGAAAUCAUAUAUAAUUUGGUAGUCUGCACAUUAGUUUUAAUCAACUUUACCUCAAUGUUAAUGGCCUUUUUUACUCAAUUUUUAUUGUAAUAUAAAAAGAAUCUGUCACACAACGAAGGUGUAGAAGUUUUAUGAUUCUUUUUAUAAAUAACAUGCAAUUUAAGUGUGUAAGAAAUAGACAGUGUAGGAAUUAGGUGAAAUAUUUUGCUCUUUCAUGAUAUAUUAAUAUGUUACAAUAACUCUGUUAAUAAUAAAAGGUAACAAAUAAUCAUGACUAUGCUAGUUUAAUAUCCAAAGAAUAUUAUGUAAUUCGUAGUUUUGGUAUAAAUAAAAUCAUAUUUAUAUUCAUAUACAUAAGUGAGUACUAUUUUUACUCAUCCAUUAAGUAACGACUUCAAGUAUUGUGCUUGUUUAAAGUUGUAGGCGUGAUUGACUUUGGUUAUAUAUUUAAUUAGAAUAAAUAUGUAUUGAUAGCGUGAGUACUUACUUAUAUUAAUAGAUGCUAUAUUCUAUUUGUCUACUAGACCGUUCAUAAUUAUUGAAAUUAUUAGAAAUUUCAUUUUGUACCCCAGUUAAUUAUUUAUGUAAGGGUAAUUGUUUAUUGAUAUUUCAGACAACCAUUUUAUUUUGGCAUUGGAACAUUGGAGCGUUAUUUUUAAGGUAUACAUUACAAAAUUUAUAUCGACUACCAGCACAAUGGACUAAAAUUGUUGACUAUUUUUUACCUUUUACUUGUUUUUAGUUAUUCUCAUCUCAGGUCGUUUCAACAUAUCGUCCUUAAAGAAAUAAAAAGUUUUCUUGUUAUACGCUAAA